AUGGCGACCAGAAAUAAUGAGAGCAACGGGUUCUUAGGACCUCCUGUGAUCUCUCUGAAUACAACAGUACGGCACAGCGAGGUGGUUUCUGACACUCGAACCAUGCUGACCGCAGAGCAGCAACUGAGUCCAUCCUCCAGAUCAUCACCGUCUUCACCAGAUGAAAUAUCGCCAGACCGGCCAUCCAGUCAUGAUGGCAGUCUAUUGACAGUAUACAGACCGUCUUCCCCGACGACACCCUCGUUGGACGGGGAGACACUGCGCUCCAGAUCAGGAUCGUUCACGUCGUCAGCACCCACAGUCGUCCGGUCCAGAGCGGGCUCAAAUGCCAACUCGGAAUCCUUUCAGGCGGCUUACGAUGACGUGCCUCUUUCAGAGGCCCUGAAGCCCGAUCCACGCUAUGAACGGGACUUUCACGUCGAGGAUAACAGAUUCGCCUUCUCACCGGGUCAGCUCAACAAGAUGCUGAACCCCAAGUCUCUUGCUGCUUUUCGCGCAUUGGGAGGUUUGGAUGGUCUGGCAUACGGGUUGAGGACCCAUUUGACAGCGGGUCUCUCGGUCGAUGAAGGCCGUUUAGAAGGUCAUGUUACUUUUGAGGACGCAACUCAGUCUUGGAAUCUGAAGCAACAUAAUAAAAACAUGGCACUGGAAGGUACUACUGAUCCAUCGUCAGACCUUCCUGUUCGGGAAUCUCAAUUUGCGGAUCGGUUACGAGUAUUUGGCCGCAACAAGUUGCCGGAUCGAAAGACAACUGGCUUCCUUAAGCUCUUAUGGAACGCUUACAACGACAAGAUUAUUAUUCUGUUGACCAUUGCAGCCGUGAUAUCUUUGUCUCUGGGCCUGUACGAAGCGUUCAGCGGCGGGUCGAAGGUGGAUUGGAUUGAAGGUGUUGCGAUAUGUGUGGCUAUCUUGAUCGUGACGAUUGUCACUGCGGCGAAUGACUGGCAGAAGGAGAGGCAAUUUGUCCAGUUGAACAAGCGAAAGUUGACUUCCUCUCAGAAAGAUGACCGCCAAGUCAAAGUCGUUCGCUCGGGAAAGUCGGUCGUGGUGUCUGUCUUUGAUGUCAUGGUCGGCGACGUGCUGCACAUUGAGCCCGGCGAUUCACCACCAGCAGACGGAGUGCUCAUUUCCGGCCAUGGGAUCAAGUGCGACGAAUCUUCCGCGACAGGAGAAUCAGACCAGAUGAAGAAGCUCACGGGACAUGAGGUUUGGCAGCGGAUCAUGGAUGGAACAGCCACCAAGAAGUUGGAUCCCUUCAUCAUAUCUGGCAGCAAGGUCCUGGAAGGCGUGGGGACGUACCUGGUGACCAGUGUUGGCCCAUACUCCACGCAUGGGAGAAUUAUGUCCUCUUUGCAAACGGAGAGCGAGCCAACGCCGCUCCAAGUGAAGCUCGGAAAGCUGGCAGACUGGAUUGGAUGGCUGGGUACAACUGUCGCUGUCAUUCUGUUCUUCGUGCUUCUCGUUGGAUUUCUCGCGGGAUUACCGGACAACCCUGCGUCUCCCGCUAUCAAGGGUCAAGAAUUCAUGGACAUUCUCAUUGUUGCGGUCACCGUUAUCGUGGUUGCCAUUCCCGAGGGCCUUCCUUUGGCUGUUACGCUCGCUCUUGCAUUUGCCACUACACGUAUGGUCAAAGAAAACAAUCUCGUCCGAGUCCUGCGAGCUUGUGAGACUAUGGGAAAUGCUACUGUCAUCUGCUCUGACAAGACGGGUACUCUCACCCAGAACAAGAUGACGGUAGUUGCUGGUACCUGGGGCUCCGAUGAAAGCUUCAACCAGCUGCCCCUGAACGGGGACAGCCCAGCGCCCACAACGACUGUGUCCGAGGUCUUCAAGCGAUUUUCAAGUGUCAUCAAGGAUCUUAUUAUCAAGAGCAUCUCCCUAAAUUCUACAGCAUUCGAAGAUGAUAAAGAUGGGGGCAAAGAAUUUGUCGGCAGCAAGACGGAAGUGGCCCUGCUGCAGCUCGCCAAGGACCAUCUGGGUUUGAACCUUCGCGAGGAGCGGUCGAAUUCGGAGACGGUGCAGCUGUUUCCCUUUGAUUCGGCUCGGAAGUGCAUGGGCGUUGUCUAUCGGGAACCGUCUGUUGGCUAUCGGCUCCUCGUAAAGGGAGCAGCCGAGCUCAUGCUUGGAUCUGCUACAUCUGUGAUCACGACGUCAGCUGGCGAGGAAAUCAGGAGCGUGCCACUGUCCAAGGACACUCGCGAAGCAAUUUCGGAAAUCAUCAAUUCGUAUGCCCAGAAGUCCCUCCGCACCAUUGGGAUGGUGUACAGAGACUUUCCCAGCUGGCCUCCGAAAGGGGCGAAGACCUUUGAAGAUGACUCCUCUGCAGCCGCUCUUGAAAGCGUGUUCCAGGAUAUGACGUGGAUUGGGGUUGUUGGCAUCCAGGAUCCGCUGAGACCGGAAGUGCCCGCUGCAAUCAAAAAGUGCAACAGUGCAGGCGUUCAAGUGAAGAUGGUCACAGGUGACAAUGUAACGACUGCUACUGCGAUUGCGGAGUCUUGCGGCAUCAAAACCGAUGGCAUCGUGAUGGAGGGCCCCAAGUUCCGUCAAUUGUCGGACGAAGAGCUCGAUCGAAUCGUUCCGCGUCUUCAGGUCCUGGCACGUUCCUCUCCAGAUGACAAGCGACUUCUUGUGGAGCGUCUCAAACGUCUGGGAGAGACCGUUGCGGUUACAGGAGACGGGACAAACGACGGCCCAGCUCUUAAAACUGCCGACGUCGGUUUCUCAAUGGGGAUCGCUGGGACAGAAGUGGCUAAGGAGGCCAGCUCGAUUAUUCUCCUGGACGACAACUUCAAGUCCAUUGUUACUGCAAUUGCCUGGGGUAGAGCCGUCAAUGACGCCGUUUCCAAGUUUUUGCAGUUUCAAAUCACUGUCAACAUCACUGCCGUCUGCCUGACUUUCGUGUCGGCAAUCUACAGCGAUUCCAAUGAAAGUGUUCUUAAUGCGGUGCAGCUGUUGUGGGUCAAUCUGAUCAUGGAUACGUUUGCUGCUUUGGCACUAGCGACCGACGGACCAACCGAAAAGAGUCUCAACAGAAAGCCAAUCCCAAAGAGUGCACCGUUGUUCACGAUGACCAUGUGGAAAAUGAUUAUCGGCCAGGCGAUCUAUCAACUGGCUGUGACGCUCACCCUCUAUUUCGCCGGAGACCAGAUCCUUGGAAAUGUCCUUUACGGCUCUCAGGGACAAAAAGACCUCCAGCUCGACACCAUCAUCUUCAAUACGUUUGUCUGGAUGCAGAUUUUCAACGAGUUCAACAACCGCAGACUGGACAACCACUUCAACAUCUUCGAAGGCAUGUUCAAGAACUAUUGGUUUUUGGGAAUCAACUGCCUCAUGGUCGGCGGCCAGAUCCUGAUCGUCUUCAUCGGGGGCAUGGCCCUUGGCGUGACGCCCCUGGACGGCGUUCAAUGGGCCAUCUGCAUUGGAUGUGCGAUCUGCUGUCUUCCCUGGGCAGUUCUCUUGCGACUCCUUCCAGACCGGUAUUUCGCCGUCGUUUUCACUUUUGUUGUUGACAGUGUGGCUUUUGGACUGCGGCCUAUCUCCAAAUUCUCGCGACACGUUGGCAGUGCCAUCGGCAGGGCAGUUCAGCCGCUGAAGCGAUUCGCUAUGCGCAUUUUCCGCAGGGGGCAGGACAUGAACGCAACUCCUCAAGACGAGGAAGCUGGGCAUUAUUUGGCUGAGAUGAACCCUAAGCCUGCCGAAUCGAAAAUUGUGGCUCCAUCGAUCGCUAACCCGCCUCCUAUUACGAUCACCACGACGGACUAG